AUCAUAUGAUGCCAUCAUCAAACCAACGUGUCACACACAUAAAUCACUCUCCACACCAAAAUCAGGACAAAAAAUGGCUGAACUGCAACCACCGUCGGAGGUCCAACUUAACGGCGUCAACGGCGGCGGCGGAGUCGCCGCAGAUCCUGCCACCGUCCCGGCAGAACCCGUCGCCGGUCCACCCAAACGACAGCGUCGACCCAGCGUCCGAUUAGGCGAAAUCGGAGACCAACACACGUACGAUAACCACCGAAGAACCAAACCCCAACAAUGGAAAUACUCUUCAAAAGAUUCAAAAGCCACCAAAACUCGACAACUCAUGAAUCUUUCAGGUGCAGCAGCCGGUUUGGAGUUUCACGAAACCCUAACCCUAGAUCCCGGAAUCGAAGAUAAAGACGCUGGUAAACCAGGUAAUAAUAUUAUUCAUAAUCAUAAUAAUAUCAAUCAUCAUAGUAAUCAUAAUAAUAAUAGUAAUUGUGGAGCGAUUGGGGGGUGGAAAGUUGGGGAUUUGGGGAAAACGAAAAGGGGGUUUUCGGUUUCGACGAAAAGGGUAAGAUCGAAUUGGGGGGUGAAAAUGGACGAUCAAGAUGAGAGAUUUGAUGAUGAAGAUGAUUUUGAUGAUGCUGAUAGAUACUCUGAUUAUGAUCGUGAUGGGUCUGGGAGUCAAUUGAAGGAUCAAAGUUUGAAUCUUUCGAUGGAUUAUGGAAAUAGGGAUAGGGAUGGGGUUAGGGUUAGGGAUAGGGAUAGGGAUGGGGUGGAAUUGGACGGGCCGUCGGAUACGGAUGCGAGGAAUUGGAACGAUGGGAGUUUGGAAAGGAAUGGGGUUCGGGUUUGGUUGAAUCAGUUGGGGUUGGGGCGGUAUUUUUCGAUAUUUGAGGUUCAUGAAGUUGACGACGAGGUUUUGCCGUUGUUGACGUUGGAAGAUCUUAAAGAUAUGGGGAUUAAUGCGGUUGGGUCCAGAAGGAAAAUGUUUUGUUCGAUUCAGAAGCUCGGUAAAGGGUUUUCGUGAUCGUCUAUUAAAGUUGAAAUCUUGAAUUGUUGAUUUGAAGAAGAGGAAUAGAGUCGUCGUCGAGCAGGUUUGAAUCGGAACGUUGGAUUGUCGAGACAGAAUGUCUGAAUCUGGUUCGGUUUGACCGUUUCUUGUGUACUUUACUUGUAGCGAUAAAAUCGUUUUGUUCUUUUUUUUUUUUUUUUGCUUUCUCACUGGUAAUGUUUGGCUUCAAGUGAUAUGCAAAUUUAUGGUAUAUAGAUGACUAGUUGAAAGUAGCAAUAACUUGGCUGAUGUUGUCUAAGAGAGAGCAAUAUUUAGGAAAAAAGUUUUAAAGAAUUUAUAUUAUAAUUCCAAAUACUCUUUAAGAAAUC